AAAAUAUGUGCCAGCAAGCAAACCCGGAAAUAAACAUUAAACUUAUUCAAACGUGGUUGAAAGGCGGUUUUUGACCGUGACAUGAGAUUUCUAAGGAUUUCUGAACACCGGAAAAAUUAAACAAGAUACAGAAAGCUGACAAGCCAAGAGAGAGGGACGGUGGAGUGUGAAGAGCUGACGAUGCAGGAGGAGGCGGGCCGCUCGGCCACAUACACACUGCCCUGUGAUGACCGCGUCCACGUGGUGGAGUUCAGUCCGUACGACUGCGGUGCCGCCUGCUCACUCCUCGCCUACGCCGAAAACCGCCACGUGGUGGUGGGAACGUGCCGCUUCAAGGAGGAAGACAUGGACGUAGACGGAAUAGAAUUCAUCGUCCUGCGAGUUUUCAUGCACGGAGUUCGUGCUGACGCUCUUGCAUGGAGUCCAGAAUCCCGGCUGGACAAACUGCCUAAGAUGAUCAGGUUUUGCACUGCAUCAGCUGACCGAAAGCUGAGACUCCUCACCUCAGAUCUCCAGAAUCUUAAUGAAGAAAAGGUGAUGGAGGGACACACCAGCUACAUCAAUCAUGUCGUAUUUGAGCCCACGGAAGGAAAGCAAAUAGCAUCGGUCAGUGACGAUCACACUUGCAGAGUUUGGGAUCUGGACGGGAACGAAACCGUCUCGUUCCGACUCUGGUCUCCAGGUGUCUCUGUGUGCUGGCAUCCCGAGGAGGUCUUUAAGCUGAUGGUGGCUGAGAAAAAGGGCACCGUACGUUUCUAUGACCUCGUCACCCAGCAGGCCAUCCUGUCUCUGGACAGCGGGCAGACGCCGCUCAUGUCCGCCGACUGGUGCCUCGCCAACACCAUCAAAGUGGGCGCUGUGGUGGGGAGCGACUGGGUGAUCUGGGAUAUUACACGAUCCAGUUAUCCUCAAGACAAGAGGCCAGUGCAUUUGGACAGAGCGAGACUCUUUAGGUGGUCGAGGGCCAAUGAAAAUCUUUUCGCCACCACCGGCUGUCCGGGAAAGAUCAACAGUCAGUUACUGGUACAUCACCUCAGCCACCCUCAGCCUGUGAUGAUCGGCUCUUCAGUGGUGGGAUCGGGCCUGAGCUGGCAUAGAACCCUGCCCCUGUGUGCGAUCGGCGGAGACCGAAAGCUCUCAUUCUGGAUGACCGAGAUGUGAGCCCAGGUUUUUUUUUUUUUUUGUCAUGCUUAUAAAGAGCGCUUCUAUUUUUUGCAACUUUAACUUCUUUAAUACUGUAAAUUGACAUCUUCAAUAAAUCUGUU